AUGUCGCGAUCAAUUUCCAUCGCGAAAGGGUCUUGUGCCCUUCUAUCGCAAAACACUCGCCCGGCUUCAUUUGCGGUGAAGCCUUUAUUGUCGCAAUGGCAAGGCAGAAAUAGCUCUCACUCUCCUAUGGGAGGAGUAGGUGGAAACUUGAGGAAGAAGAUUACGCUCAAUACUAUUCGGACUCUGUACAAGAAAGGAGAACCGAUCACCAUGUUGACUGCCCAUGACUUCCCUAGCGGACACGUCGCAGACGCUGCCGGUAUAGAGAUCGUGCUGGUUGGGGACAGCCUUGCUAUGGUCGCCAUGGGUAUGGAAGACACGAGCGAAGUUCUUUUGGAAGAGAUGUUGCUUCAUUGUCGCUCCGUGUCCAGGGCAGCCAAGACUUCCCUCAUUAUUGGAGAUCUACCUAUGGGAUGCUACGAGAUUGCACCAGAACAAGCCCUGGAAUCUGCCAUACGAGUGAUAAAGGAAGGUCGAGUACAUGGUGUGAAGCUCGAAGGUGGAAUAGAGAUGGCCCCAACAAUCAAGAAGAUCACAACAGCUGGAAUUCCUGUGCUAGCUCAUAUCGGGUUGACACCACAACGACAAAAUGCGCUUGGUGGCUUUCGAGUCCAAGGUAAGACUGCCGCGGGCGCAACGAAGAUUCUUGAAGACGCGCUCGCAAUUCAAGAAGCUGGAGCGUUUGCGACUGUCUUGGAGGCGGUACCCGCGGAGAUCGCAGCUCUCAUCACCAAGAAGUUGUCAAUUCCAACGAUCGGUAUUGGCGCUGGUAAUGGGUGUUCUGGCCAGGUGUUGGUACAGGUGGAUAUGACCGGAAACUUCCCACCAGGUCGGUUUAUUCCCAAAUUCGUGAAGAAGUACGGAGAUGUCUGGAGCGAAAGUAUGAAAGCUAUCGAAGCAUAUCGGGAUGAGACCAAGAGCCGCGCAUAUCCUGCCCCUGAGCACACGUAUCCGAUUUCGAAAGAGGAGCUUGCAGAGUUCGAGCGAGUUUUAGGAUACCAGGAUGUCUGA